AUGAGCGAUGAAUUCGCUGGCAGCGGUCAAGACCUUCAAUCCUUCUGGCAAGUCAAAGAUGGCGAUAAAAGCCCGUGGGAACUGAAAGGUGGUAUGCUCUCUGCUGAGGCUGGCUAUAACCAGAAUGUAUGGACUGACGAUACAAGCACACGGUUCUUUCAGGUAACCGACCAGCAAGAAUUCGACAUUGAAACGUCAAUGGUUGUUGACUACGGUGACGCUUCUACGGUUGCCGGUCUUAUCGUUUAUUCAGCUACAACAAAGGAUCACCAGGACCGUGAUGGUCAGUGGGUGACGCUGAAGUUGUGGGGUCGUGGUGCUGCGCAAGGCAACAAUGCGGUGCUCCAAUACCAACGUCGUCAAAAUGAUGAUGCCGCUUUGGGAUAUGUCGGCACACAAGCGGAUUACAACCCAGCACAAGGUGUUAUCCCCAUUGAACUGCGCCUUAAGCGCGAAGGCGACGAGUAUGAAGCAUGGUUUAAGCCAAAUGCGGAAGGCGAUUGGGUUUCCGUCGGUCGAGUCACAAACGAACUCCAAGAUCCGGUUGAAGUCGGCAUCUACGUUGGUGUUGCCGAUGCCGAAGGCACGGGCCAAAUGACGGUCACGUUUGACUACUUCCGGGAAGCAUCAAGCCCCGCAACCCCAGUUGAUCCGCGCGAUCGACUUGCAGUCACAUGGGGUAUCGCUGCCUAUUCGCCAACAACGAAGGACCGUCAAGGUCGCGAGGGUGAAUGGGUAACGAUUAAACUUUGGGGACGCGGACCCGCAAACGGAAAUAAUGCCGUUAUCCAGUACCAAAAACGGCAGUUUGAUGGUGGCGAAGGACUGGCCGGCACCGUUCCCAAUUUCCAAGACCCAGCGGGUGAAAUGGAUAUUUACAUGCGACUCCGCCGUGAGGAUAACACCUUCACAGCGUGGUGGAAACGGAAAGCGAACGAUCCAUGGAUUGACAUCGGCGAAACCGAACAGGAGUUUGAUGAACCGCUUGAGGUAGGCAUUUACGCCGGUAUCUGUGAUAGUAAAGGCAAACAGAUUGCACAGUAUGAGUACUUUGAAGACCUUCUCGUGCCAUUUGAUGUUUCGCCUCGUGCCAAAUUGCCAAUCGCUUGGGGCGACCUAAAACGAAGGCAUAGCGUGCCGGGGUCUCGCUAAUUAU